CUACUAAUAAUCCCAACUUGACAUGAAGUUGAUAAGUAACAAGUAAGAAUAAAUUGUGUUUCAGUGAGUUUGUGUUCGACCCAAUUAAAUGGCAGCGGAAGCAAAUGAACGAGGACUUACUUGACCUAUCAAAGAUGUUCAAUGCAGUUAAAUCGCUUGUUCGAGUGCCUUCUGUAGACCCCAAAUAUAAAAUUGCUCUUCUUGCUUCUAAGCAGGACCAUUGUCUUGUUGAUCUACUGCAUGCUUGGCAAGAUGGAAAACUUCCGGUUCAGAUAAGCUCUGUAAUCAGCAAUCAUGAUAGGGUGGGGAAUACCCAUGUGAUGCGGUUCCUUGAAAGACAUGAGAUUCCAUAUCAUUAUCUGUCCAAGUCAAAGGAGAAGAAUGUAGAAGAUGAGAUAUUGGGGUUGGUUGAAGAUACAGAUUUCUUGGUCCUUGCUAGAUACAUGCAGGUGUUGUCUGGAAACUUUUUGAAAAGAUAUGGGAAGGAUGUGAUCAACAUACAUCAUGGCUUAUUGCCAUCAUUCAAGGGAGGAAAUCCAUCUAGGAAGGCAGGUUCUGUGUUCCAAUUUCCAAAUUCUGUUUUAAGCUUUUUAUGUUUUUAUGUUUUUUACUGGAGAAUGACAGGCUUUUGAAGCUGGGGUCAAAUUGAUUGGUGCCACAACCCAUUUUGUCACGGAGGAGCUUGAUGGGGCCCAAUCAUUGAGCAGAUGGUAAUCAAAGAGUUUUAAGUUUCUCAGUAUCAGUAGUAUGCAGUAUAUAUAUGCUAAGGUGAAAAGUCAAAUAGUUUCUGUUUGGGUUUGCAGGUUGAGAGAGUCUUGCACAAGGAUAAUUUGCUGAGUUUUAUUCAGAAAUCUAAGAAUCUUGAAAAACAAUGCCUUAUGAAGGCAAUCAAGUCAUAUUGUGAGUUACGCGUUCUACCUUAUCAACACAACAGGACUGUUGUAUUUUGAGUAAGCUGAAAAUGAUGCUGAUCAAAACUACAGAGUCCAUUAUAUUCCUUGUGUUGCAAAGUUUUUGUAUUUCAUUUUAAUUAUUCAUUCUAAUUUAAGUUGUUCUUGUUCCAAUCCAAUAAUAAGAUAAAUUAAGAGUCAUUGUGUGUUCAUAAUACUAAGAUAUAUGUGCAUUCUCAGUUCUCCUUAAAUUCAUUGUUGUUGGAGUUU